AUGGAACGUUUCGUUUAUACUCAUCUUCUCCUCUUCGGUCAACUCAUUUCUCCAGUAAAACAUGGAUUUUUGAGAAAGCGAUCACGUAUCACACAACUGCUCCAACCAAUUCACAAGAUCAGCCAAAAUCUCGACAACAACAUCCAGUCGGACGUUUUGUACCUGGAUCUUGCUAAAGCAUAUGACUCGGUUGAUCAUCAAAUUCUUCUUCAAAAAUUAAAGUAUUAUAGCGUGACUGGAUGGCUUCUCGAAUGGUUUACUGAUUACCUAAACGGUCGGACUCGGAGGGCUGUGGUCGACUGUCCUGUACUUCAGUGGUCCACUGUCACCUCCCGUGUGCCCCAAGGAAACAUUCUGGGUCCCUUAUUAAUUGUUAUCUGCAUCAACGAUUUUCCUGAAAUUGUUCCGAAUGGAACUAAUACAGCUCUCUACGCGGAUGACACAAAAUUACACCGAAGCAUCUCAUCCCUGAGUGACUGCAAAUAUUUACAACAAACACUCGACAGCAUCAACAUCUGGAACCAGCAAAGCAAUUUGAAAUUUAAUGCCAAAAAACGUAAAGUUCUCAUAAUAACACGCAAGAAAACCCCCGUAGUCUACGAUUAUAGUUUAGUUUAG